AUGAAUGACAAAUACCCGUUAUUUGUUGCUGAAGAAAGGAAUCUUAGGCUUGGACUGUCCACUGAUGGGUUCAAUCCUUUUAACAUGAAGAAUGUGAACUACAGUGCUUGGCCGGUUUUGCUAGUGAAUUACAACAUGUCACCUGAGAAGUGUAUGAAGGAGGAGAACAUCAUGUUGUCAUUGCUGAUUCCUGGUCCAACCCAACCUGGAAACAAUAUUGAUGUGUACUUAGAACCACUUAUAGAGGAUCUAAACCAUAUGUGGGAGAAAGGAAAGGGUGUAAGGAAGCACGUAUAUAUGUCCCAUCGGAAAAGUCUACCUUCGAGACAUGCUUAUCGUGGAAAGAAAUCAUGGUUUGAAGGGAAAGCUGAGCAUGGGAAAAAGGGUAGGAUUCUGAGUGGUCAUAACAUAAGCCAAAUACUCAGAAAUUACAAGAAUGAUUUUGGAAAUGCGAAAGUAACUGGAACCAAGAGGAAGAUUAUAGAGCCUGUUGGAUCAGAGUCGGAUGAUGAAUUCAGUGAAUCAGAGGAAGAGGAAGAAGCAGUAGAUGAGGAGGAGCUAUCUAGAUGGAAGAAGCGGUCAAUCUUUUUCAUGUUGCCUUAUUGGGAGGAACUCCCGGUUAGACACAAUUUAGACGUGAUGCAUGUCGAGAGAAAUGUUGCUGCAAGUCUUAUCGCAAUGUUGUUGCAUUGUGGAAAAUCAAAAGAUGGACUUAACGCUCGAAAAGAUCUUGAACUGCUUGGCAUUAGGAAGGAUUUACAUCCUCAACCCCGUGGGAAAAGAACUUACCUUCCUCCAGCUCCUUGGUCUUUGUCCAGCAAAGAGAAGAAAAUAUUUUGCAAGCGUCUAUCUAAAUUUCGUGGUCCGGAUGGUUACUGCUCAAAUAUAUCAAGGUGUGUGAAGCUUGAGGAAUGUAAGAUAUCAGGAAUGAAAUCACAUGAUUACCAUGUGUUGAUGCAACAGCUUCUUCCGGUUGCGAUUAGAGGGUUAUUACCUAAAGGUGUUAGGAUAGCUAUUGGACGCCUGUGUGCUUUCUUCUAUUAUCUCUGUCAGCGAGUUAUUGAUAGAGAGAAAAUAGAGAUUAUGGAAACAGAAAUUGUGGAAACUCUAUGCAUGUUUGAGAGGUUUUUUCCGCCAAGUUUCUUCGAUAUAAUGGUGCAUUUGGUAGUUCAUCUAGGAAGGGAAGCUCGGUUAUGUGGACCUGUCCAUUUACGUUGGAUGUACCCAUUUGAGAGGUACAUGAAAGUGCUGAAAGACUUCGUAAGAAACCCUGCAAGACCAGAGGGUUGUAUUGCUGAAGCGUAUCUCGCAGAGGAAUGCGUUAGAUUCUGCAGUGAGUUCUUGAAAAAGACAACAAGUUAUGAGGAGAAACGUGAAAGGAAUACUGAGUUCGAGAGUAGCUCUAUUCUGGAGGGACGUCCAAAAUCCGCAGGCACUGAUUGUGUUCUUUCUGAGAAGGAUAUGAACAUUGUACAUCUUGCUGUGAUUCACAAUAUGGCAAUCGUGGAACCUUAUGUGGACAUGCACCUACAACAUCUACAGGACAGUAAUGAAAGAUGUAGACGUGAUGCAACAACAUUAUGGAGAACCCAUACUCAGAAAUUUGCAUCCUGGUUAAAAGAGCAGAUACCAAUUACUUCACAGAAUCACGAAGAAACACUGAAGUGGUUGGCCUACGGUCCUCGUGCAAGCGCAAGGGCUUACAGUGGCUAUAUCAUUAAUGGUCUGCGGUUUCACACCAUUUCAGUUGACAGAGUGGUGGAGAUUCUACUGAUCGACUACAAUACAUUCUACAUUCCUGUAUUCCGCUGCCAAUGGGCAAACAUAGGAAAUGGAGUGAAGGUAGAAGAUGGCUUCACACUAGUCAACCUGAACCAAAGCCAAAUGGCUUUUGCUAGAGAUCCAUACAUCCUCGCCUCACAAGCCAACUAUGAGAGGGGUCCUACAAGAAGAUACAGUGAAGACGAUUGUGAAGAUGGUCAUGCAGAUGUUGGUCCAUUGCCAACAGUUGUAGCUAUGGAUGCUGAUGACUUGGUUGAUGAUUCUAGAAAUGCCAGGGCGGACUGUGAAGGAAUUUAUGUUUGA